CCAACGACAAUGGUACAAUGGUUCUCAUGAAUGCUGAGAAAGACAUGCUUCUUCGAACAUUCUCGCUUCCAGCUGCUGUCAUGUGUAUAUGUAGUGCACUUCAGAAUGUGUAUGUGGGAUUAGCCAAUGGAAUGGUGUUUUCCAUGAAUAAAAACCAAAAGAAAAGUAAAAAAAAGAUGCUAUCCAACAGUGGGAGUUCUGUGGACUGUAUUGUGAUGGGAUCUUUGUGUAAACCACUUACUUUAGUGAUCAGCUCUGACAAGGCUCUGAUGGUGCAAUGUGCAACAAAGGGGCGUGUACUGAAGGAGUUAACACCAAGCCAUUCAAGUAAAGUACUGUGCUUGCAAGUACAUCGUAAAUUAGUAUUCAGUGGAUCGGCUGAUCAAACUGUGUUGGCGCACAGUAUUAAUUCUGGACGAAUUGAACAGCAAUAUAGUGGUCAUCAAGGCGCAGUGACUGGUCUGAAGGUGGCUGAGAAGAAGAACCUAAUGACAUCAUCAUUGGAUAAGUUCAUCCGCAUCUUCAAUAUUGACAAUGGUAGACAUUUGCAAACAUUUGGUGGAUUUCCCUCAAUGAUAACUUGUAUUGAUCUUCACAAAUAUAAUCACCAGAGAAUGUUGUAUGCAGGAUGUCAUGAUGGGUCUGUCUAUGCAUUGCCACUUAGCACAGCCUUCAAAUGUCAGUGGUCUUCAUGUGAACUGUCUUUUAUGUUGAAAGACCAUUUGUUGGACCAUCUACAGAUUGACCAUAUUGAAUCAGAAGAAGGAACAACUGUGUUUCAAUGUCGGUGGAGACAGUGUAAGAAACUCUUUGCGUGGAAAACAGAUGACUAUGAAAUACUCAAGGAAGUACACAAUCACCUGUCUAUCCAUACUAGCGAUUGUUAGAAAACUAAAUCUGAAUACUGAAGAAUUCCGUUGAG